AUGCCUAUCGAUUCCCCCUAUCCUCGUCUUGACUUGGUCGAGACAGACAUAUUCUCUUUCCUCUUUGACCGCAAGGGUCGGCCAUUUCCAGACCACAAAGGCAACCACUCCCUCUCUGGACCCUAUCCACCCCAUAGUUGUGUUCGGGGCAGAGUUAUAGACGUGAACACUAACAGACACUUCACAGGCAUCUUCCAGGAUGCGACCGAUUUCUCUCGGAGGUACACCUUCGGCCAGCUUCGCGAACAUGCAAUUGGAUUUGGAAAAGGCCUGAGGAAAAGCUUCGAUUUCAAGAAAUCGGACGUACUGGGCAUUUACGCACCAAACGAUGUCGACAUGCCUCCUGUCAUCUUCGGGACACUGUGGGCCGGCGGCGUGGUCUCACCAGCGAACCCAGCCUACACCGCCACGGAGCUGGCAUAUCAACUAGGGGACAGCGGCGCUCGAGUGCUCGUUACGCAUAUCUCGGUCCUUGAUACGGCGCGGGAAGCCUGCGCACAGGUUGGCAUUCCGGAAGGCAAUAUCCUUCUCCUGGGCAUGGAGAACCAAUCACCCUCACAUUUCACACAUUGGAAAGCGAUCAAGGAUACCACAGGAGCAAAUGCACCUGCGAAGAUCUCGCCAAAGGUUGACGUCGCGUUCCUCGUGUAUUCGUCGGGGACGACAGGACGACCGAAAGGAGUGUGCCUAUCGCACUACAACAUGACGUCGAACGUCCAGCAAAUUGACGAGAUAGAAAAGUAUCUCUCGUGGGACGGGUCCAAGUCCUGUCCUGGAAUCCCGGAUGCACCCCAGGGAGAAGGUGACAAGAUUAUCGGAUGCCUACCAUUUUUCCAUAUCUACGGCCUGACCUCGAUGAUACACCACCCAGUUCUGACCGGCAUCCACUGUUUCGUCAUGGCGCGCUUCGACCUCGAGGACUGGUGCCGACUGGUCCAAGACCACAAAGUCACCUUCGGCUACCUGGUGCCACCGAUUGUUCUGCUCCUUGCCAAGCAUCCCGUGGUGGAAGGCUACGAUCUCAGCUCACUGCGAAUGUCAAACUCCGGCGCGGCGCCUCUGAAGAAAGAGCUAAUCGACGCUGUGUAUGCGCGCAAGGGCAUCAGAGUCAAGCAAGGCUACGGGCUGAGCGAGACCAGCCCGGGUUUAUUCGGUGGGCGAUGGGAGGACUGGAAUAAGGCCAUCGGCUCCGUAGGCAACCUGGUCUCCAACGCGCAGGCGAAGUUCGUCGCCCUUCCGGAGGGAGAAGGCAAAUCCGGCUGGACGGACGAGCUACCACAGGGCGAGGCAGGCGAACUCCUCGUCAAGGGACCCAACGUCUUCGCCGGCUACCACCACAACCCCGAGGCCACGGCCGAGUGUCUUCGAGACGGCUGGUUCAAGACCGGCGACGUCGGAUAUAUCGAUCCUGAGGGCUUCCUGUACAUCACAGACCGCAUUAAGGAGCUGAUCAAGUACAAAGGUUUCCCUGUCGCGCCGGCAGAGCUGGAAGGCUCCCUAAUCGUACAUGAGCUUGUUGCUGAUGGGGCUGUCGUGGGCGUGGAGUCUGAGGCGCAUGGCACGGAGGUCCCUAUGGCGUACGUGGUGCGGAAAGGCGGCAUGGCGGCUGUGAGGGCCGGCGAUGACCAGAAGAUCAUUGACUAUAUGAGUACGAAGGUCGCGAACCAUAAGCGGUUGAGAGGAGGGAUCAAGUUCGUGGAAUCGAUACCGAGGAAUGCUUCUGGCAAGAUCUUGCGGAGGGAGUUGCGCAUUGAGGCGAAUAGGGAGAUGAAGGCCCGGGAGAAGGCGACAGGAGGGCCCGUGGCCAAGUUGUGA